GUUCUCCAUGCCCGUGCACUGGGUGCGUGAAAGCGCGCAUGAUGGUUACUUCACCGUGGAGUCCGAUCGAAGCAGAGUCGCUCAGGUCAUGCAGACUGCUUUCGAAUCAAAAAUUGCGAGCCUGCGCAUCGAGGAGCAAACGAAGCAGCGAACACAGCUCUUCCGCUAUCUCCUCGCAGGCAAGAGCCGUCUGCUCGGGCUGCCCACACCGGGCCUGACACCGGAGUCCUUCCCCAAGUACUUCGGCUUUGACUCCCUGGAGUCUGCACUCAAACAGAAGACUGGGAUGGUAGCCACGGCCUGUGCUGUUCUGACUGAAAACACUGCGACUCUCCGAUGGCUGGCCAAAGCCGGUGCGGAGCUGAACCCGCAGCUGCCGGGCAUCAUGGAAGUGGGUCUGACGCGGGGCUGGACGCCUCUACAUUUGGCAGUCAGCCACUGCAGUGACCCCGGCAUUGUGCAGGAACUCCUGAAUCUCAGGGCCAACCCGAACUCUUGCAAUCGUGGCGGCAUGCCAGCCCUUGGCUGCUGCACCAGCGUGGCAGCCGUGGAUUUGAUGUUAUUUCAUCGGGCAGACGCGAAUUUUUGCCAGCAGCCUGGAGGCCUCACACCCUUGGCAUUAUCGACCACCCUGUGCGCUCCGCCAUCGGUAGUGCGGCGUUUACUGCAGGCACGGGCCGAUCCGAAUGGCCGUGGAUGUGGCAUCGGCCAUGCAGCUUUGUCCAUGUUGGCGAUCUCUGCGAAUGGCAAUCCAAAUCUCGCGGAACAUGUGCAGAUACUUUUGGCAGCUGGGGCAGAUGUAAACCAAGGAGGCCACCCCCAAGGCCCCGUAAGGGUCUACGAGCUUCUCUGUCGCUUCUUCGCCACUUUCCCCUGGUUCCGAUUAGGGGAGAAGCUGGCUUUGGUGGAAGUCUUUGCGGCAGAGGCGAGCUCCACGGCCCUGGGAGUUGCAUCACUCCUCGGUCGCGAGCAGUUGGUUCAGCUGCUCUUAGAGGCAAAUGGUGACCCGUGGGUAGUUCCAGCGGUCUUUGACAGCUACGCAUGUCCACGGGCUGAAGAGGUCGUCGUGAUCGACUUCGGCCUUACCCACAUUUUCCAAAGUCCAGGCUCGGCGGAAGCCUUCCUCUUCGGGCACGAAGAAGAAGGUGAGCGCAGUCGGCUUCGUGUUGGUGCACGCCAUAUUCGGGCUCCUGAGGUGAUCCUGGGCCUGGACCGAGGAUGCGUAGCAGACCUUUGGAGCUUGGGCUGCCUACUGUACACGCUCUACACCGGGGAACGCCUUUUCCCAGUGCAUGACGAGAUGGCGCACUUGGCGGCCAUUGAGCGCAUUACUGAGCAACGGGUACCACGAGCCAUGACCCGCAAUGUUCCUGAGCGCAUUCUCGAGAAAGGCGUGACCUUCGAGUCAGAUGGUCGGCUUGCUUGGCCACAGUGUGCAGCAGACGAGGAGCAGGUGCAAGAGAUUGAGGACAUGCCCACUCUGCACGAGUCAGUGCUCAGCCGGCACGACAUCUUCCUCUCCUUCCUGCAAGGCCUUCUUGAGAUUGAUCCUUGCCGUCGCAUGACGGCGACAACUGCGCUGCAGCAUCCUUUCCUGCACAAGGAUGGUCUCACACAGUUCGACCGUGAUGAGUGA